ACUCGUAUCAUAAUAUCCCAAAAUAGCCUUCGCUGUGUCUUGCAAUGAUUAUAACUAGCACUAGUGCAGAGUUUUGGGAGUAGUAAAUCCAUAGACGACGUGCAAGUUGUAAACAUUGGUCUAAGAAUCUGCCUGGUUAUUUGUCUGCUUCGAGUUUUGGACAAUGUCAAGAUUCGCACCUUCAGAUCUUAUAGUUAACGUCCGAGACAGUGUCCCGUUGACUCAAGGUGAAGUUGAGGGAUUUGUGGAUGCUGUAACAAACAAUGGAAUUCAACAAGCGCAAAUUGGUGCUAUGUUGAUGGCUAUACGUCUAAAUGGGUUGAGCGCAGAUGAGACCAUACAUUUGACCCGGGCUAUGAUGCAGUCAGGCGAGGUUCUACAAUGGCCCGAAGAGUGGACCCGACAGAAGCGCGUGGUCGAUAAGCAUAGUACCGGGGGAGUUGGGGACAAAGUCAGUGUUGUACUUGCCCCUGCUCUUGCUGCAUGCGGUAUGAAGGUUCCGAUGAUAUCUGGUCGGGGGCUAGGAUUUGCGCAUGGGACUUUGGACAAACUGGAAGCAAUACCAGGAUUUCAGAUAUCAUGCAGUACAGUGAAAAUGCGUGAAAUUCUUGACGAAGUGGGCUGUUGCAUUGUCGGACAGACAGAGACACUUGUACCGGCCGAUAGAAUCCUGUACGCCAUCCGAGAUGUAACAGGAACUGUCGAGAGCGUACCCCUGAUAUCCUCAUCCAUUGUGUCAAAGAAGGUGGCGGAGACUUUAUCAGCACUCGUUCUGGAUGUUAAGUGUGGAAAGGCGGCUUAUAUGAAGACAGAGAAACAAGCAAGAGAUCUUGCUGAAAGUAUGGUGUCAUCAAGCUGUGGUGUGGGUGUAGAGACGGUUGCUAUAUUAACUCGAAUGGACAACCCAAUCGGCAAUUACGUGGGACACUCUCUUGAAAUCAUAGAUGCCAUUGAAACAAUGCAAGGAAACGGACCUUCAGAUCUCGUGGAGCUCGUGUGCACUCUAGGCGGACAUCUUUUAAAAAAUGCUGGGAAGGUUUCAACACCAAUGAAAGGAUAUCAACUUAUUGAAGAAACCAUCGCCAAUGGUUCGGCCCUGGAGAAAUUCCGCCUAAUGAUGCAAGCUCAGGAGGUCGAUGAGACAACCGCUAAUUCUUUAUGCAAGAAAGAUGUUGACUUUUUCAGUAUCUUCAGACCGUCCAAGCUAAAAACCGAUGUAAAAGCAGACAGCGAAGGAUAUAUUAGUUCAGUUGAUGCGUUUGCUUUAGCAAAUGUGAUCAACUCUCUUGGCGCCGGACGUGCAAAGGCGGGGGACCAAAUCAACCACAGUGUUGGGCUCCAUUUGAGAAAACACAUUGGGGAACGCGUAGAGAAAGGUGAAGUUUGGUUGACAGUUCAUCACGAGUCUCCUCUUAGUGGCGACCAUUUGAAAACAAUUAGAAAUACUCUUGAGCUGCAAGACAAAGAGCUGCCUGCCGGUUGUGCAAGUCGUAUAAUUGAUAUCAUUACUAAUGAGACUAUCCAAGGCAAAAGAGACACACCCAGGGCUAAUGAUAUGCAGAACGGUUCCUGUGAUUAACAAUAUAGUAACCUACAUGUACAUUACACGUAAUCGCAGACCUUAAAACAGGAAUCAUCCGUGAUUUCUAACGUAAAGUAAUAAAAGCAUCUUGCGAUAAAAAGGCUGCUGUUUGAUAACAUCACUCUAUUUUGAUUAUAUGAGGGUCCAUAAUUACAAUCUCUUCAUUGUACGUGUGUGCAUCAUAAAUAAAACUACUUGUGUAGGAAAUGGAAAUCCAUUUUUUAUGUCCCG